AGGUGUUAAACGUCACAAAUUUUCUUUUCAACUCGCGGCUGCAGAUUCGUGGUGCGGUUGUUUCGAUCGUCAAAUAUCAUCAAUAAAUCAGAUUUCCGGUUGUUGAAAUGACUUCCAAACACAAGGAUAAGGAUCGGGACCGCGAUCGCGAUGAGGAAUCAGGUCAUUCGCGUGGAAAAUCCCGAGAUAGGGAUCGAGACCGACGGCGGGAUCGUUCACGUUCCCGGGACAGACAUCAUAGGGACCGCGAUCGGGAUCGGGAACGGGAUAGAGACCGUGACCGAGAAAGAGAUCGGGAUCGAGACCGUGACCGGGAACUUGAAAGAGUUCGCAGAGAUCGUCGUCGCAGUCGGUCCAGGGAUCGGGAUCGACGGCGUCGCAGCCGUUCGAAAAGUUACGAUAACGAUAAGCGACGAUCGAGGGACCGCGAACGGGAUCGUUACGAUCGCGGUAGUAGUCGUACUGCUGAGGCGGCUGGAUCAUCCCGUGGUUUAAGGGCCCCCAGUAGGGACCAGGAAGUGGCCAGUAGCUCGGCUUAUGACUACAAGGAUAUACAGUUUACGCAAAACGUUAUCGAAUCUAUGAUGUCAACUGCGGCCAACGCAAAGAGCUUCGCUGAUCUGCUGAACAGUUACAACCAACAGCAGCAAAUACAACAGCAACAACAACAUAUUCAGGCUCAAAAGGCGCUUUUGGAAGCUCAUAAUGAAAAUAGUCAAUCAUCGGACCCUGGAAGGGCAAGCCGAGGAGGAUCCAGUGGAAGUGGAUAUGAUGGCAGCAUGUCCCGGGCCCAGAAGAAAAAGUCCCGAUGGGGUGGAGGAGAUCAUGAUAAAACAUUCAUUCCCGGAAUGCCUACUAUUUUACCAGCGGGCAUGACCCAGGACCAACAGGAAGCCUAUUUAGUGCAACUGCAAAUCGAAGAACUGAGCCGACGGUUACGAACGGGCGAUCUGAUGAUUCCGCAGAAUCCGGAAGAAAGAUCUCCGUCGCCAGAACCGAUCUAUAGCAGUGAUGGCAAGAGGUUGAACACUCGUGAAUUCCGUACUAGGAAGAAGCUGGAAGAACAGCGGCACCAGUUGAUUACACGUAUGCAGUGUAUGAAUCCGGAGUUCAAACCGCCAUCGGAUUACAAACCACCGAUAAUUCGGGUAAGCGAUAAGGUUCUCAUUCCCCAAGAGGAACAUCCUGAUAUCAAUUUUGUGGGCCUUCUUAUUGGUCCACGUGGUAACACACUGAAGGCAAUGGAAAAGGAUACUGGAGCAAAGAUCAUAAUUCGUGGCAAGGGUUCAGUGAAGGAAGGCAAAGUUGGACGAAAAGAUGGUCAACCAUUGCCGGGUGAGGAUGAGCCCCUGCAUGCCUUUAUUACGGCCAGCAAUCCGGAAUCGGUGAAAAAAGCCGUUGAUCGCAUCAAAGAUGUCAUUCGUCAGGGUAUUGAAGUCCCAGAAGGUCACAACGAUCUCCGUCGAAUGCAGCUGAGAGAGUUGGCCCAGCUUAAUGGAACUUUACGUGAAAUGGAUGGACCUCGGUGUACCAAUUGUGGCUCAAAUGAGCACAAAACCUGGCUUUGUCCAGAUAAGCCAAAUAUUACCAACACUACGGUCUGUUCAUCCUGUGGUGGAGCAGGUCACAUAGCCAAGGAUUGUAGAAGUAAACGUCCUGGAGCGGGAGGUCCUCCUUCGAGCAACAAUCAAACCAAAAUCGACGAAGAAUACAUGAGCCUGAUGGCUGAACUUGGCGAAGGUCCGCCGCCGGAAACCACUAGCCAUUCGCAUUCAAACGCACCGAAUAGAACUUAUGGACUAUUCGAACCACGUCAAGCCCCCCGACCACUUAUGCAAACGCCUCACAUGCCUCCGGCUCACCAACCAUCCCUGGCUCCACCACCUGCUGCCCCAAUGCCUCAACCGCCGCAAUGGAACAUGCCGCCUCUCCCGGGGCCGCCUCCGCCACCCCCAGGAAUUUCUCCGCUUAUGUCUUGGAAUCAACAGCCCCCACCUCCCGGCGGGGCUGGUUCCGAUCUCGCUCCACCGGGUACUGCUCCGGUUCCACGAUUCCCUCAAAACAGCUACCUUCCGCCACCCCCGCCUGGAGUGUCUCAACCGCUAGCACCCCCUGGAACCAGCCCGGUGGGAAUGCCCUCUUGGAGCAACGGCAACGGAUCAUCGUUCAUGCAACCUCCUCCGAUGCCGGCCGGUUUACCACCAGCACAUCUGCUGAGUGCUCCUCCUCCGCCGCCGCCUCCUUCCUCCUGCUAGAGGAAAGACGCUGCUGGCCAGAGAAUUGAACUAUUUUAUUUCACUAUUUAUACAUUUUUGGAAAUCCGUAAGUAUGGACACUUCUUAAUUCUGACAUAAUAAUGACCCUAUCCCGACAGUCAUAAUAACCUUAAAUUGAUCUUCCAAAUUGGUUGAAAAAAAAAACAAAUUGGAUAAAGCGAAUCAAUAUAAACAUAGCUUGAUCUAAACUGCUACUCUAAAGAA